AUGAUUGAUCACUCUGACGAACUGUACUCCUCCUCAAAUCAGUCAGGUCCAGCUGGAGCGCAUGAUGACAGGAUAGGUGUGAGUACAGAGCGUAUGACUGCUGUGCCAGAUCCGGUUCAUCUACGAACCUCAGCCUCAGGUGCCAGCACGACUGGAUUAGUCCCGCGACGCCGAAAACGUCGCGUGCUUCGUUCAUUAAGUCACAUGACUGGUGGCUCUGGUGGAAGUGGAAGUGGUGGUGUUGGUGUUGUGGGUGGUUGCAGCGCUCGAAUUCAUCGUGCACGUGGAUCUCGAAUGCAUCGAACGCGUCGUGAAAGUUCGGAUACAUUUGAAGAACAGGCUGAUGAAUUGUUCGACAUGCUGGUUAUGUCUCGAAAAGCUUGUGUCUCCGAGGUGGAUAAAAUGCGUGCUGAUUUGGCUUGUAUCCAGCGGAACCUGCCACAUCUGUAUGCACCUUGUGGUCAUACGGAUAAUCCCAAUCGUUGGACUGAAAAUGUCGCACAUAAUCCACCAUACAAUAUGCUGAGAACAAUGGAUCCCAGUGAGGCUCGACUGGACAGUCGUGGCGGACAUCUUAUGACUCGAAGUUAUAUGGACAGUUUGACUAAUGUCACACGACCAUCUCCUGGUGGACCGAAUGAGGGAUCUUCGUUUGACGAUGCGGACGAAACAAAUGAAGCCUUCAUGGCAAGCACGGUGCCGGAAAAUCCUAAUCAUUAUCGAUCUCCGAUUCGGAACAAAUCGUCCGGGGAGAAUGUACGUCGUUCAAGGGGACGUCGUCUUUUACCCGAAGCUGCACUGGUCGCUGAGGAUGAGUUGCCAGUGCAAUCAGAUAUUCACCGGUCCGAAUUGCGUCAUCAUUCAAUAACUUGUGCAGCUUUAGGCCGUCAGUCUUCCUCUAUCCCGCGAGACUUUCUUCGCACCUCAUCUCAUCCGAGCCGGUCGAAUGCUCAUUAUCCGGCCCAUCGUUGGGAUCCCUCUUAUCCUAUAACUAGAGCCAGUGCCCCGGGUCUGGCGGGCUCACCCCAUCUGGGCGCGCGUCCACCCCGGGGUCGGUCGUUGGAUUUAUCUCAUCAGUCACGCACUUUGCAUCAGCCGCAUGAGUCUGGUGCGCAACGGGCCACAAUGUUUGCCACACAGCAUGGAUCAUGGUUACCCGGAGCAGAUUAUGUGGAUGAGGAAGAUCCAAGCACUGAAACUGCGGCGUUGCUCAAUCUAACGGAGGAAUUGAUGGGUUUACGUCAAGGACUGAAACAAGCCAGACGGGCGAAUGCAGACAGGGCCUAUUCCAAUAUGUGCAUGAUAGAUUGCCCCGGAGUGGUCGAUGAAAUUGGAGAAGAAUGUCGUGAGUGGUUUGUAGGUAUCAUAAAAGAGACGGGAACCACAUGCAAAGUUUGGCGGGCGCUGGAAAUGGCGCUGCGCCAAAUUGGACUUUUAGAAGUGGAACUCCAACGGCAGCGCUGCUUGACACACGAUGCCCAACUGGCCCGGGAUCGACAGGCGGAAAGGUCGCGCUGGGAACGCCGUUUGGCUGCCACAUUGUCCGAGCUGAAGCAUUGUCAGCUGAACAUUGGUCAGUUGCGUGCUCAAAUGGAUCAAAUUGCCACAACUGCAAAUCACAAUUCGGCAUCACAAACACAAUUCGUGGAUCGUCAGAAAGCGGAACUGGAGGAGACAAAAGCCACAUUGGAUGCUCAGAAAGAGGAGAUCACACGACUUAAUCGUCUGCUGAAUCAAUUGCUUGGAGCGGAUCCCAGUGAUGCUUCUCCUGGUGAUUUAGCUCAACUGCAAGCCGGAUUGAUCGAUCUGAGUCGGAAGAUGCAAUCGGAUGCUGCUCGACCAGUGCAUUUAUUGGAUCCAGUACGUCGCACUCAGUCCAUGCAUACCGGUCUGGCCCCAGGCCCAGCUGGUCCUUCGCGGAUACCUGAUUUUCUAACUCCAAAUGGAACUUUGGCAGCUCGAACUACGUCGGGCAAUUUGUAUUGCAAUGUGCCGGAACAUCACUACUUGGAAGACUGUAUGGACCAGUUACAGACUAAAUUGCAAGAAUCACAACUACUGGAAACGGAACAGCAAGUACGUAUUGAUUUAGCGGUUGGUUUGUUAUUGCAUUCACCAUACAAAUUCGAUCAUUUAUCAUUUGCAGCCUCCUUGUGA